AUGUCCUCAAACGCCCGCAAAUCUCUCACAUUGUUGCUUCCGCCUGCCGCUCACUUCCUCCUUCUCCCUCAGCCACAGAUUGGGACGUUUGGAAAGCUGGGCUGUGCAGACAACUUAAGCCUGUCGUUUCUCGGCUUUCGCUCCCCUUUUCCCUUACAGAGGUCUCUAAGGCCAUCGCUUCUCUCCCCAAGGGCAAAACCCCUGGACCGGACGGCCUGCCUGGUGAAUCUCCCCAAGGGCAAAACCCCUGGACCGGACGGCCUGCCUGGUGAAUUGUUUUGGUCCUUUCGCCCUCAAUUCACCUCGGCCAUCCACUCUCUGCUGCUUGGCUCUCAUGAACAUCUCCCCCCCUCUAUGCUCCAGGGACGCACCGUGCUCAUUCCCAAGCGUAGUGAUGCCUCGGUGGUUAAUAACCUACGGCCUAUUACGCUCAUGAACUCCGACUACAAGAUCCUGGCGAUUUGUCUAGCUAACAGGCUGCAGCCCCUGCUCCCUGGCCUCAUCCAUCAUUCUCAGACCGCCUUUAUCAAGUCCCGGAAGAUCGGAGACACGCUGAAUGAUACUCUGGACAUCUUCGACUGGGCCACUACUCAUUCCCUCCCUCUCCUCGCUCUCACUGUCGAUAUCCGCAAAGCCUACGACAUGGUUGACCGUGAGUUCCUUUUCUCCUGUCUCGCGCAUCUCGGCCUGCCCCCCCCUUUCAUACAUUGGGUGAGACUCAUGCAUUCCGGCACAUCCACUUGCAUUUCGGUCAAUAAUAUGUGUGGCCCCCCUAUCCCUGUGCUAACCGGGGUCCGUCAGGGGUGCCCGCUGGCCCCGCUUCUUUUCCUUUGUGUCGUGGAAAUGUUCCAUCGCUAUGCCUCUGGUUUCCUUCCCGGCUUCCCCUUCUCCCCCACGCAGCGACGGUUGAUGGCUUGCUAUGCCGAUGACGUCACCAUUUUCCUCAACUCUGACAAAGAAUUGCGCCUUGCCUCUCAUGCUCUCCUCUCCUUCGCCUCAGUCUCAGGCGAACACCCCAAUUGGGCGAAGUGCUCCCUGAUUCCUUUUAAUGUUGAUCCCGCCUCCAUCACCCGUGCAGGAGACAUACCUAUCCGGCACGUUUCGGAGUUCGAGAGGAUUUUAGGCAUUUUUGUCGGCAGCUCUGGCCAGACGGACGUCACGUGGAACCUCGCUCUCUCUAAGGUUAAGCGCUCUGCCAAUCUCCUUUCUCAUCUCCAUGCCACCUCCUCCUGCCGUAAGCUGCUGGCCUCGGAAAACCUGAACUCAACCCUCACCUUCCCGGCCCGCUUCCAGCCCCCCCCGUCUCCCACCUCCAAGGCUCUGGAUGAUGCAGUUGGAAACUUCCUGUCUGCUUCCAAGUAUGUUUCCGCAGGACGCACCACUCGGCUCCUCACACAUACGGUCCUCUACAACAAACUCGAGCAUGGCGGGCUGGGGGCAAUUCGGCCUUCCAUUCAGAUCAAGGCCCUCAACAUUCAACGAGCCUUGCGCCGUCUUUCUCCUCUCCCUGACGCUUCUGUGGCCAGGACGUGUGUUCCCAUCCCCUUCGGUCUUCAUAGCUUUCUCGCUCAUCCGGACCUUGUCCCUGCUAUUCCCCCCUCCACGCCCAUUCGUGUGCGUGAGGAGGUCAGCUGUCUGCUGGAAGCGUUGCUGGAAGUUUCCUCCCCACGACAGGAGUUCUGGUGUCUUCUGGCAGAACCCGUGCCGUUUAAUCGGUUCAUUGUCAAAGCUGAUGGACGACCGUUCGGACGUCUCAAGGAGGAGGGCUUCUUAUUCGCCAAGGAAGUACGGGUCGGUCAUCUUGUUCGGCGUGACGCCUCUGGCGCUCGGCGGCUUACCAAUGCUGAAAUCAUGGCCCAAUACCCCCCCAGCACUUACCCUUGCAACUGCAGGAUCAUCAACGAAGUCUACGAUGCCAUGCCCAGGGAAUGGUGGUCGGCUCUGGCGUCUUCUCACAGCCUGGUUCCUAUCUACGCAGGCGAUUGGGCUAUGCUCGCAGCCGAUAUGUUCUCUCCUCCCAAUAUUGUCUUUGAGGUGAUCGACCCCCAAUCGGAUGGGUCCUUUUUUGCUAAUUUGUUUUGUGUGGACUGCACAGGCCGAAUUGCCAAGGAAGCCACGGCGCGCAGACUUCUGUCUCCUCUUCACACCGUCCCUGUUCACGUCUUCAAUCGAUGGCUUGGGGGAUCCUUUUGCUCCGGCGCUGGUCUUGCUGCCCGCCUCCCCUUGCUCAAUGAUGGGUUCCCAUCCUUAGCGGGCAUUCGGGAUCUCCUGUACCAUAAACAAGAGCUCACUCACCCUCCGCGUUGGACGAACAUGCUCCCGAGUCCCGGCCCUCCGCUCUUUCCAGACUAUAAGCACCCUUUCCUCUCAGAGCAACCGUCGUCGCAGCGUGAUGUUCUUUUUCGUUUUUACGCACUCGCUCUUCCGUUCGGCUCUCGUUUUAGCUUCGGCCGCGAUAAGGGUGCUUGCGCUGGGUGCUCUAGUGGACAGCUCGAGACCCUGCCUCAUCUUUUCUUCGAAUGCGGAGUGGCGAAACCGGUCCUUGACGCCCUUCAGCGCACAGCCAGCAGCCAUCUUGGUAUCGCCACGCCUCCAGAACUGACCCUAUUUCCGCUUUCAGCCGGUGCAGGGCAGGGGGCCCCUUGGAGUCUUCUCGUUGGAGCGGCCGCUAAGACCAUUUGGAACGCCCGCUGCAGUUUUCGUUAUAGGCAGACCACUACCAAGACGGGGGAUGCUCUGUUCCAGGUGCUACACUACUUCCUUCUCGCCUACAAAAUUUUACUAUGGCGUUGCUCCAAAGGCUCGAAGAAGAAGCAGGCCAAAGCCAAGCGUAUUGCCAAGCUGGCCCAUUCAUAUCGGUUCUUUCAGCUCACCGACGAUGACAUGCCCAUCAUUCACCCCGAUCUGCGUGCCACCUGGCUGCUCGACGACAUCUUUCACCCUCCGUGA